UAUCUGAGAGCGAGCGGGAGGAAGCGGCAGCUCCUCGGCUCCAGGACUGGACUCAUGCUGCUGAACGCUCUGCUGGUCGUAGCUCUGAGCUCUCGGAGCGUCUGGGCCAGAAAGUCUGAACCCUCCCUGGGCGAGGGCGACGCCGGUUUGUUCAGGGGGUCGGACAAGUAUGACUUCGCCGUGGAGGUUCCCGCCGCAGGGAUGGAGUGUUUCUGGCACUUUGCUCACCAGAGCGGAAGCUUCUACCUGACGUUCAUGGUGCAGUGGGUGACGGGGAUGGCCAACAAUCGCCGGCUGUUUGUGACGGUCAGUUCACCAAACGGCGCCCUCAUGGCGUCCGUCACUGAAGCCGUCGGUCAAAUGAAUUUCCAGACCGAGGAGACAGGUUUCUACCGGAUGUGUCUCGGGAACCACAAGAACCAGUUUGGAGGAAUCAGGGUCUUUCUGAACUUUGGGGUCAUCUACGAAGGAUUGGAGGAGUCGGAGGGGGAGACGGAGGAGGGGGAGACAGUCCUCAACAGCACCUUGACUGGUAUUGAGGAGAGCGUACAGAAGCUCCAGAAUCAGAUCUUCCACAUGUGGCGUCACUACAACUUCGCCCGCAUGAGUAAAGGGAAGGAUCACCACCUCCUCCUGUCCAACUUCAACUACGUCAACUGGUGGUCGGCGACCCAAAGCCUCGUCAUCCUCCUGUCAGGAUACCUGCAGCUCCGCGUCCUCAAGAGACUCUUCCACACGGACGCCAGUCGGCCGAGAUGCUGA